AUGAGUUUUACUGUUAAGACUUCUAGUGGAAAAAUUAUCGAUUUAAAGGAUAAUUAUACUUUUAUCCAAGGAAAGAAAUAUUAUCUAGUUGAUGAAUGCUAUAUGGACUUAGAAGAGGACAAUCCGCAAGAUUUUAUUCAAAUAAAAGAAAAAUUAAACAACCCCAAAAAUCUUAUUCCAAAAGUGAAAAAUAAAUUAGGUACGACAGGCUCCUUUCAUAUAUGGUACAGAGAUAUAAUACUAUAUGUAUAUAGGUUAGAUAAAUUUUGGUAUCAAUAUAUGACUAAAGGGAAUUUUGACAAGAAUUUUUUAACAGCUAGUCAGAGAGAUGUGAACUAUAUAGAAUUGAAAAAAAUGAUGAGUAUUGCAUUAUGUAUACUUCUCUUUACUACCUCUACUCCUAAAUACCAAACAAGAUUAAAAUUGCAUUUUGGAAAGGUAUUGAAGAAUAUGAAUGGUCACAAAAUGUUUCUGUGGAUUAGAAACGAUUUGUUUUCUCAAAAUUUUAUUACAAUCCAACAAACCUUAGGUGAGAUUAUAUACACUUGCUCAACUAUCGGUUGCAAUAAAAAAGUAUUGGAAGAAAAGAUUCAACAGUUAACUGAAGAGCUGAAAUAUCCUUCAAAGGUGGAAUGGCUGGUCCUGGAUCAAUUGAAAUCUACUGAUGCUGUGAAAUUGUUAAUUGAAAGAGGUUCAUAUUGGGGUAAUAUAAGAAGGAAUUUAAUAAAUGAAAUUUAUAACCAAUGA